AUGAAGUUGAAUGUAAAGAAGUGUGAGUUUGGAAAGGAGGAAUUGGUGUACCUUGGAUUCAUUGUUGGUGGUGGACAACGAAAGAUUGAUCCAAAGAAGGUUGAAGUGAUUACUAAGUGGCCUAGACCUAGUACUGUAACUGAAAUCAGGAGUUUCUUAGGGGCUUGCACCUACUUGCGUAAAUUUAUCCGGCAUUUCUCGAAUAUUGCAGGACCGUUACAUGGUUUGACGGGAGAUAAGGCAAAAUUUGAAUGGAAACAAACCCAUGAAGACGCUUUUCAGUUACUAAAUAAUAAGAUUUCAAAAGCACCAGUGUUGGCAUUGCCUAACUUACAGAAGACUAUGUUGCCAGAUGAGUUUUCCAAUUCAGAUAUUGCAUUGUGA